AUGAUGACUCAUCAAUCAAUGGAAUUCAACGACGCCGAAAGUCCAAGUGGUGAUGAACUCAUGACAGAAGAUUCUCCUGCCAAUGAUGGCGAAAAUGAUGAUGAUGCUGUCACUGAGUCAAAUGACGAUGAUGAUGAAUCAACACGUAUGGAUGAUGAGACGACUGAUCCUGAGUCGAUGGAUGAAGAGACAGGUCAUGUUUUCUAUGAACUCGAACAUCAGAAAGACAAAGCAAUGGAAUAA